CCCCCCCCAGCCCCCCAGGCGGCUUGGACAGCUAACGUUCCUCUCCGGUGCCUCGGUGUGUCACCUGAGUAUACGAGAGAGCCGGGACUCGGGCCUGUGCCAGGAACCCAAGUUUUAUAGUGAGCUUUUGUUUGCUUGGGACGUUGUAUUCCCCCCCCCCUCCCCGCGCGUCCCCCCCGGAAGCGCUCCGACCACUUGUAAGCUUGCAGGAAAUGGAAGAUAAAGUGACUAGUCCAGAGAAAGCUGAAGAAGCAAAAUUAAAAGCAAGGUAUCCACACUUGGGACAAAAGCCUGGCGGUUCCGAUUUUUUAAGGAAACGAUUGCAGAAAGGGCAAAAGUAUUUUGAUUCUGGGGAUUACAACAUGGCAAAAGCAAAGAUGAAGAACAAGCAGCUUCCUGCUGCAGCCCCGGAUAAGACAGAGGUCACUGGUGACCACAUUCCCACUCCACAGGACCUUCCACAGCGGAAACCAUCCCUGGUUGCUAGCAAGCUGGCUGGCUGAUUAAAAGAGCUGAACUGCA